UGUGGAUGACGCUGCUGCCCAGUCUCUCGGUGGUGCUGGCACUCUGUAUCGCCCUCGGCAAGGUGUGGCGCAGGGGUCUCCACUGGUGUCACCGGCUAUGUAUGUGGGGUCCUGGCACCUCCUUGCGCUGUCUACGGCCCGAGCAGCCUCAGUGGACAAGCGUCUACAAGGCCAUCAGUGUCGACAGUGGCAGAUCGGGAAGAGUCAACUUUCCAAGUCUUCAAGAGAGAAAUGUUCUCUACGUGGAAAAGGAGAUUGAGGAAGCGAGGGUGCGGGGAGAAGCUGAUGACUACGAAGUGAGUUACAGUCGCUUGGCUCUGGGCAGACAGAUCGGCAAAGGCGCCUUUGGACGUGUUUUUUCUGGCCAGGGCUGAGGCUAUCGCUGGUAUUCCAGGCAGCAUUGUGGUGGCCGUCAAGAAACUGAAGCACAAGGCGACUUGUGACGAGGUGGAAGAGUUCCUGGCGGAGAUAGCCAUGAUGAAGAAGGUAGGUCGACAUCCACACAUAGUCACCAUGGUGGGGUGCUGCACCCUCAAGCAACCCUUCUGUAUGGUGAUGGAGUACGU